AUGAGUGCCGAGCCAGACACGCUGGUGCUUCUUCUAAAUCUGGGGCCCCACCGGCCGUUGGGCUGGGGGACGACUCCUUUGUAUUUCGAGGAAGGCAGCUUGCGGGACUCCGCCAUGAUCCCGGAUUCCGGGUCUAGGACGACACUGCUGGCACCGCUGCCGAUGCGGCAGAGGGAUUCCGGCGGGGACUUGGCGGGGAAAGGAAGGAGAGCAGGUGGUGGGAGGAGGAGGCUCAAAUUCAAGGAGUUCUGGGUGAGUGGAAAGAGGAGGAGAUUUAGGGGUUUUUGGGUUUGA